CCUCUCCGGGGUAACUUGGUGAAGUGUCAGCAGGGCACUGGAAGGCAGAGUUAGGUAAAGUUUUCUGUCCUGCUGGUCUCCCGGUUAAGACAUGGCCCCCAGCGCGCAGCUCAAAGAGGCAAUAGCCGACAUGCAGGAGGGGAUCCGGGCCAUUCUGCUCGGGCCUCCCGGAGCCGGGAAGGGGACUCAGGCCCCUCGGCUAGCGGAGCAGUACUGUGUUUGCCACCUGGCCACCGGUGACAUGCUGAGGGCCAUGGUGGCCUCAGGCUCCGAGCUCGGAAAGAGGCUCAAACAGACCAUGGAUGCUGGCAAACUGGUCAGUGAUGAAAUGGUCGUGGAGCUCAUAGAGAAGAAUCUCGACACGCCGGCCUGCAAGAAGGGCUUCCUGUUGGAUGGAUUCCCUCGCACUGUCAAACAGGCAGAGAUGCUGGACGACCUGCUGGAGAAGAGACAGGAGAAUCUGGACUCCGUGAUCGAGUUUGCCGUUGACGACUCUCUGUUGGUCCGCAGGAUCUGUGGCAGACUAAUUCAUCAGCCAAGUGGCCGCUCCUACCACGAGGAGUUCAACCCCCCCAAAGAGCCCAUGAAGGAUGACUUGACAGGUGAGCCGCUCAUCCGCCGCAGUGACGACAACGCGACGACGCUGCGGUCCCGCCUGGACGCCUACCACCGUCAGACGGUCCCUCUGGUGGAGUACUACAGAGCCAGGGGGCUGCACACGGCCGUCGACGCCGCCAAGAACCCCAACGUCGUCUUCGCCUCCAUCCUAGCCGCUUUCUCCUCCGCCACGGAAGUCCCGGCCCGCGCUACCGCCUCUGGUUGAAUCCUGAGCUGCUCCAUUCCCACCGAGGCGAAGGAUUGGAGUUGGUAAUGGAGCUCGUGUGGACAGACGGAGGGAUGGGUCAGUGGUUGGAGGGAGGGAGGGAGGGAAUCAGAAAAUAAGAGGAAUCCUCAUGUUUCAUAAGUGUUUAAAGGCAGAUAAAAUAAUGUGGUGCUGUCGUGCUCUAAGUUGGCAGCAUUUCCAGUAGAUACUGACAGGAAUGAGAGAAGCCAUUUUAUGUCCAUGUUCCUCAUGUUUCCCCUUCUAAUAAAUCUCAUGCUUUUCUACAAUCAUGA